GUAUACAGUAAAGUGCGGUUUGUUCCGGCUUGAUAUCUGAGUUUGAAUGACAAUGGCAUCAGGACAAGAAAGAAACGUGCUUUCAAUUCAAAGUACCGUUGUUUUUGGAUAUGUCGGGAACAAAAGUGCAGCGUUCCCUCUGCAGCAUUGAUAGAAACAGCAGUGCCCCUGGGGCUUACCCAAAGACGGUUGUUUCAAAUAGAAGGUGCAAAUUAGGGUUUGUUCCCGUUUUGCACACAUUUGAAAAUUAGGUAUCGAAAAAAUGUGUGCGAAACGGGAAUUUGACCAGGUAUUGGGAUUUGAUGUGAGCACUAUAAACUCAGUGCAGUUUUCCAACCACACAGGGUACAAAUGUUUUAAAGGACAGGUACUCAACAGUGAUGAUUUAGCUUGCUUGUAUGAUGGUCUACAAGAGAAUGGCAUUAGUUCCUUCUCUCAUAUACUUACAGGGUACAUUGGAUCUCAGUCAUUCCUGGAGAAAGUUGCUGAAAUAGUGGUAGAUUUAAAGAAAAAGAACCCAUCGCUAGUAUAUGUCUGUGAUCCAGUCAUGGGAGAUAACGGGGAAAUGUAUGUUCCAGCUGAGUUGUUACCUGUGUACAUAGAUAAAAUAUUACCUAUAGCUGAUAUAGUCACACCAAACCAAUUUGAAGUGGAAAAACUUACAGGGAUAAAAAUAACUUCCGAGGAGGAUGCGAUUGAGGCUAUGAAGAUUUUACACAGCAAGGGACCAAAAACCGUGGUUAUUAGCAGCAGUGAGUUUUCUUCUGAUGGCUCCAUUACCAGCCUGGCCAGCACUGUGGCAAAUGGAGAGAAAGAAGUAUACAAAGUCCAGUUUCAGAAGCUCAAUGCAGUGUUUGUGGGAACGGGGGAUUUAUUUGCAGCGUGUCUGUUGGCCUGGCUGGAGAAAGAUAAAGACCUAAAGCUGGCAUUGGAGAAAACCAUAGCAACUCUUCAGAGUGUUAUAAAACGGACAUUUGAGAAGGCUAAAGCUCUAGCCGGGGAAGGAAAUCGACCAACACCAGCACAAAUGGAGUUACAACUGGUUCAGAGCAAAACGGACAUUGAGGCUCCUCCCAAUAGCUACAACGCUGUAGCAUUAUAACAACGCAAAGUUUUAGGCAAAUAAAUUUAGGCCAUGGAGCCAUUAGACAUUUAGGAUAGCCUAUUUUUGACAUGAUAUUUAUUUUCGUCAGGUGGUAUUUGUACCAAUGAUUGUGAUGUUAUGAGACUGAGGAAUGGGAUGGUUUGGCUUUAGCUACAUGUAGCUAGCAUUCCUCCCAAUGAAGUUAUGAAAAAAAUGACAUGAUUAUUGUUGUGAUUUUUAUACAAAAUGAAAUAAAAAAACGGUAAAUCUGCAUAUGGAAUUUUUUAAGAAAGAAGUUUGUAUAUGGCACAUGAAUUGCUAUGAAGGUUUUAAGUAAUGUUUGGAAAGAAAAACUGAAAGAAUAAUUUCAUACACAUAAGUUUUGAUAAACAAUUUUUUGCUAUUGUGUUUGGUAAUUUACAAAGGUGUGCUGGAAGAAAAAAGUACGAAUGUGCCAAUUACCAAAUAUCUAUAAAACCUGUUUUUACAACUUUAUAACAAGUAAAUUCAUCUCGGACAUGUAUUUUAUAGAAAUAAUAUUUCCUUUUUUUUUUUAAUUAAAGAUGAUUUCUUGUAGUUGAUCAUUUAUGUACAUAUAUAUGAUUGAAAUAGCUCAAUUUUAGGCCAAUUCUGAUAUUGUUGAGAUUUUUAUGUAUCCUUAAGUUAUAUUUGUGUACAAUGCACGUGGUAGAUACAUCAGUUUGUUAUCCUUUUCCUAGAUCUCAUACUUUGUAAAAAAAAAAAAUGAAUUCAAAAUUCAUGUCAUGUUUUUCAAUGCUCACAUGAUCAAAUAUCUUAUUGAUUAAUAUACACUUGUUAUCAUCAAAUACAAGUAUUUUGAAUUUAAUUUUAUGCAUUUAUUUGUGUAUCAAUUUAAUAAGAUUUUAAUAUCCAUUGUAUUUGAUUACAUUUCAGAUCAAUAAACAGAUUUUCCUGCAAUUGCACAUUUCAGAUGUGCAUUUGUUAUGGAAUUACGGUAUUAAUGACUGUGACAGAUGAUAAUAAUGCCAAUCAGUCAAUUAAAAAUAUAAAAAUCUGUAGUGUUAUUAUGUAGUGUUAAUUCAGGUUAAACCCAUUAUUUAUUUUUAUAUUGUACAUGUACAUGUCGAGGUCAUACUGGGCAUUAAAUAAACAAUGCAUGUUCUUUGAACAAUUAACUUCACACUGGAUAUAUGUCACAUCUUCAUGUUAUAGAAGUUUGCAGGACAUGGAAAAAGACAAUAGCUGUGACUAUGAGAAAACCGAUUUUGUAUUUUUCAUACAUGUACUUACUGUAAAUAUAAAUGUACAGAUGCUUUUAUAUGAGGGUGCACUUCUUUGGUUUUGUAAUAUUUCAGAAAUAUGAACAUACCCAAAAUAUGAUUUUAAAAAACUUUUUUCAAAUAUGGUACAUGUAUAUUUAUUUCAAAAUGAUAACAUAUAUAUACUAUAAAUAAAUUGUGUAUUUUAAUUUGGCAUGUGCCUAAAAAUGAUACCUGAAAUAAAAGAAAUACAGGGUA